CAUAAAGAAGAAAGAAAAGAGGGUCUUCUGUUUAGAGAAAAAAAAGUUGAAAUGCAUCUACCCUUACAACCCAUACCUACCUAGUAUGGUAUUCCUAGUAGAUAUCACAGUACAUGUCCAUCCCAUCCUCGUUUCUCUCCCAGAACUUCCGACUGUCGCAUCAACAUUCAAAAAUCACAUUAAUAAAACAUACCGCCACUCUCCUUUUUCUUUCCUCUUCCCUCUUGCUCUUGAAUACCUUUGAUUAUCUCGUGGUGUGAUAUUCACCAAGUCUUUCUUUUCCAAAUCGAUCCUUCCAACCCUUGUGUGAUGACCCUACCUAGGUGAUUACAACAACAAGACCAAUUCACUCAACAAAAAAGUACAAGCAAAGGAAAGAUAGAAUCCAUUUAUUUGGCUUCCUUUUUCCUUGUAUCUUCCACAUUUUCGAAGCCCUUCAAGAAGUCAAUAUACUUCUCCUACUACACCAAACGAUAAUUGACUCUGCACAAAAAGAUCUCUGCAUUGCAGACAUUCGGACACCAUGGAUAUCGCUUUAGAAGUCACCGACACAUACUUCUUCGAUCAUUUCUAUUCCGCUCUCUUACCCGCCAAACCGAUACUAUUAAAUGCCAUUGGAGAACAAAUUAACGGGACACUACUCGAUCCAAAAACAGCUUCAACAUGGCAAUAUCAUCCUUCGAAUUCUUUUCUUCAGUUUGAACCGACAGACGCGGCUUACACUAGUCAAUGGGAUAGAGACAAUAUUUUUCGACAAGCUUUCUCAUUGUUCCUAAUCACUUGGAUCGCAGGUGCAGCAAUCUACUUCACAAUCUCUACUCUCUCGUACCUAUUCGUCUUCGAUAAAACUACCUUUCAACAUCCUAAAUUCCUCAAAAAUCAAAUUCGCAUGGAAAUCUCUCAAGCAUGUAAUUCGAUGCCCUUAAUGUCCAUUCUCACCACUCCUUUCUUCCUCGCAGAAGUUAGAGGCUAUUCGAAAUUGUACGAUCUUACAUCGGAAGGACCGGGUAUGUGGUACAAUCUGCUCCAAUUCCCACUUUUCAUCCUCUUCACAGAUUGUUUCGUCUAUUUCAUUCAUCGCGGUCUCCAUCAUCCUUCCGUAUACAAGACACUUCAUAAACCACAUCACAAAUGGAUUAUGCCAACUCCUUACGCUUCAAUUGCAUUUCAUCCCGUCGAUGGCUGGAUGCAAUCUCUUCCUUACCACAUCUUUCCCUUUAUCUUCCCCCUUCAAAAAUUCGCAUACCUCGGUCUCUUCUUCUUCGUACAGGUCUGGACGGUUUUCAUUCAUGAUGGAGAAUAUGUGGCCAACAGUCCAAUUUUGAAUGGUGCCGCUUGUCAUACGAUGCAUCAUCUUUACUUCAAUUAUAAUUAUGGUCAAUAUACAACACUUUGGGAUAGAUUGGGAGGUAGUUAUAGAAAACCAAAUGAGGAACUUUUCAGAAAGGAAAGUAAGAUGGGACAAAAGGAGUGGGAGAGACAGGUUGCGGAAAUGGAGAAGCUGGUUUUGGAAGCGGAAGGAGAGGAUGAUAGAGUUUAUGGUGGUGUGGAAAAGAAGAUGAAUUAGUUGGAUUUUUGAGGAUUGACAAGAUAUGUAUACAUGUCAAGUGGUCUUUUGAUUGGGGUGAGGGGGAGGGCAAAGGAAGGAGAUGCAUUGAUUGUAUAUAUUGUAUGGUAUGACAUGAAAUGCAUUUUUGAUGUAGAUUCAUGUCGGUUUGAAAUAAUGGAUGGAUGGAUGGAUGGAAAUGAUUUGCAUAUGAAGGCGUUUGAUUGUUAUAGAGCAAUAUGGUAGACAAAUUAAUGUGGAUGGUAGAUGAUAGGUGAUGAGCGAGAUGAACAAGAUGAAGAUUGAUGGUAAAAGGGUAGGGAUAAGGAUAUGGAUCAAGUUAUGUGUCUAUCGUCUCUCCUGGUUACUUCACCUCACUUCAUCUCUCUGUUCGUUAGAUCAUCAGAGUGUGUUUUAGUCUAUUUCACUUUAGAUGAGUUUACUCUCUACUUUAUUAUUAAUUAUAUGAUUUCAAUUUUUCUGAGUUUGGUUUUGGUUUUGGUUUAAGGUGUGUGGUUUGAGGUGUGAGAUUCGAGAUUUGGUUCUAGUUCUCGUGUGUGGUGUGUAGUGUCAGGUUUUUGUAUGAGGUUGGGGUUUUGGUGUGGUUCUUGCGUGAGGUUUGGUUCUGAUUUCUGUGCGUGGUUCAUGUAUGGGUUGUAGCUCUUGUGUGUAGUGUGAGGAUUUUGUAUAAGGUUUUGGUUUUGAUUUUUGUGUGUGGUUUAGGGUUGUAUAAGGUUUAGUUUUGGUUUUUGUGUCUGGUUUAUAUAUAGAUUGUGAUUCUUGUAUAUAGUAUGAGGAUUUUGUAUGAGAUCUUGAUUUUAGUUUUUAUAUGUAAUUUGAAGUUGUACGAGCUUUAACUUGUAAAUUAUAGUAUAUAAUAUAGAGUAUAUAUGU